ACAAGUAUGCGUAUCUACUAACUUGUUACUCCUUGUCACUACUGUUUACUGUCGAUCGUGUUUGAUCGUCAAAAAUUCAAUUCUUUAUUAUUUUGCAAGAGUUUCAGUAAAACCAAUUUGUCAAAAUGACUAUGGCAAUGUUGCAACGUCGUGCCAAUGUAAGGCUACCACCCGAAGUAAACAGAGUAUUGUAUAUUAGGAACUUGCCUUAUAAAAUCACCGCUGAAGAAAUGUACGAUAUAUUUGGAAAAUACGGAGCUAUCAGACAAAUUAGAGUAGGUAACACAGCUGAGACUAGAGGCACAGCAUUCGUUGUGUACGAAGAUAUAUUUGACGCGAAGAAUGCAUGUGACCACUUAAGUGGUUUCAAUGUGUGCAAUCGUUAUUUAGUAGUUCUAUAUUAUCAAAGUAACAAAGCGUUUAAGCGAAUUGACGUUGAUAAAAAGAUGGAAGAUCUAGAUAAAUUGAAGACAAAAUACAAUCUAAAUGAUGAAAAAAAAUAAAUUAUAGUGUGUAUUAUGAUAUAAUUAUAUUUAUAUUGAUAAUUUAAUUUUUAUAUAUAACGUAUGAACUGCUUGUAUGAUAAACAUAGAAUAGAGAAGAGAGAACACAUCAACUUCGAAUAAAAUAAAAUUUCUGUUGUAUAGUAAAUAAAUUUGUAUAUAAUUUUC